AUGAAGAGGAUGCGGGAGCCCUCUGAGAAGUCCAAGAAAGCGAAGAAAGCAAGGCUGGGAGAAUCUUCUGGGUCAAGACCUCCAGUCCCUCUGGCUGGCUCUCCAAGUAAGUUUGUACCUCUCUCUCUCUCUGUUAAAAUAAAACCUCUUUCUUCUUCUCUUCCCCAAACCACCCCUAUAUACACCACCUCUGACACUCCUCCCUCAUCCACCAGAACAUCUCACCCACCCUCACUAAAGUUUAACCUUGCUACCACCACACUACCCGUUUCAGAAGAAGAAAUGCUGAAUGAAACCACUUCACCAUCAUCAUCACCAUCUCCACAAUCCCCACCAUACUACAAACUCUCCUCCGACACCGAACCAUCUGACCCCCAAUCCCCCACUCUGGCUCAGCUACAAGCUCGUGCUCUGGCCUCUCAACAACCAUCACACUCUGAACCUGAACCAGAAGUCACUUCCCCACCUCCUGAACAUCCAAAUCCCACCACACCUGAACAAACACCACCACUUGCACAACAACCAAUCCACUCUGAACCACAACCAACCCAACCAUCAUCUGAACCACACCCAGAACCUGAACAAACAACACAGUCACCCUCUAACAUUCCACCACCCAUCACUUUCGCUGCCUCCAUCACUCCCACACUCAAUCUCAGUGCCCCAAACUCACCCUCUCCACCCUCCCCAGCCUCUGCCAUUGAACCAAAAACUACCUUUCUUACCCUUGAAAAAGCAAUUCCAGUUUUUGCAGAAGACGCUGAUAUUGGACUUCAAGAGAGCUUAGCCAGAGAAGCUGAGGAACAGGCAAGGAAGGAAGCCAAAGAGAAAGCACGCCAAGAAGAACUACAGCGAAUCAGAGAAGCUGAAGCCAAGGCUGCCGCUGCUGCUGCUGCUGCUAAGGCUGAGGCAAAAGCUAAAGCCGACGCUGAAGAAACAGGUCGUAUUGAUGAAGAAGUAGCUGCCAAAGCCAACGCUGAUGCACUGACUCAGGGGGAGCACUCCAAUUCUGGGUUCGUCCCUCUAGUCUUGAAGACUCUAGAGGAACUGCAGAAAGAACAACAGUUAGUUCGGGCCAGGCUGGAUCAACAGGAUUCUGUCAACAUCAACAUUCAGAACAUGUUGUCCCAGCCGCUCCAACGGAUGCCUCCGCCUCCAAACCCUUAG